AUGAAACUCACACUCUUUUUCGUGGUGGUGUUAUUAGCAGCAGCUGCGAGGGUGGAAGGCCAGGCUCUGGACGUGGAUUGGCGAAUCGUGGCGGCCGAGCUGGACUCUCCUCGCAAGGUGGAGUAUUACGCGUCGUGCGCCUCCGGCCAGGGAAGCUGCGACACAAGAGGCCUUCAGCUGCGCACAUACAUUCCCAUUGUCGCAAGAGGCGAAAGGUGCUUCAGGUGUUCACCGCGAGAGAACAGGAACCUUCUCCAGAUGGUCUCCACUCUGCAACGUCGCUAUCCUCGCUGUUGGCAGAUCCUUGUGCUGGCGGCGCAGGAUAAGCCCACUCCUUCCGCUCGCGGCUGCGCUAGCUAA